GAGGACGCGGCGGUUGAUAUAAACAACGACCGUCGGCGACUCGCUUGUUUUAACGUGUCCAACUUUGAACUCUUGCGGCGCACCGACCCGCUCCUUCCGGAGUCCCUGAGCACCGAAAAUAAAGAGGCCAUGAACAUGUUACCAGGCGGCUCUCGGCUUUCCCUGGUGGCCCAGUUUGACGACUUCUGCCGACGGCACAACACGUUCGCGGACACGGCAGCAGAAGAGUUAAUUUUGGAAUUUGUGCGUAACCAAGAAGCGUGCCGUAAGCAGUGGCAUGCCGCAAUCCUGGAAAACGCAGAGCUCAAAGAACAGAUAGCAUCGUUGAAGGAAACGAAUGGCGAGCUUGAGCGAAAGCUCAUUCACACAAAGGAAGUGCUGCGCAAAGAGCUGCUGCGCAGAGAAAGAUGUGAAGAAGAGGCUAAACAAAAGCAACACCAACUUGAGCAAGUCCGCAACCUCCUUGCCAGUACCAACUCGAUUUGUGACGAGACGGCCGAGAAGCUCUCAAUUAUUAUGCCUACCAGCACCGGACAGAAAGAUCGCGCAGCCAGGAUGAGCGUCAUCGAUGAGUCUGUUGGCUCGGUGCUCUCUCCUUCGAGAGAAGACUUGGAUGUCAGUGAGGACUCGCCUGUCUGCGUCGAGCAAGCGCCGGUACAACAGGGCAAGCGUCGGUACAACUUCUUUGAGGGCUUGUCACCACUAGGAAAGAAGUUUAAGGCCAAGACUGAGGAGGAUAAGCCUCAUGCCAGCAUGGUGCAGACAACUAUAACCAUCAAGGAUGGCCAGGAUCUGGUAGCGACAACACGAGUCGUUGCCCAGCCGCCGAUGCCCUCUAUGCCGGAUGUGCCAACCCUGCCACCACUGUCACCGAUAUUGGCUUCUCCAGCAUCAGCAUUGGCUUCUCCAGCAUCAGCAUUGGCUUCUCCAGCAUCGACAUUGGCUUCUCCAGCAUCAGCAUUGGCUUCUCCAGCAUCGUCACUGGCAUCUCCAACAACCAUGAUGAUGCCAAAGUACUCGAGUGGAUCUGCACCGAGCACUCCGGUUGCUCAGAGGCGCGGACAGGCCGCAGCAAGUGUCGCCGUGCCAGGCCGGAGCAACUCGGCCGAGAGGUUGCUCUCCCAACAACACACCUUCUGCCCCAAGACAGCGAUCAAGACGGAGACAUGCGGUCCUUGCGGCAAGCGUAUCAAGUUCUACAAGACUGUCUACAAGUGCAGCCGCUGCAAUGCUGUCAGCCACAUGGAGUGCAGGCACCUGGUGCCACUGCCCUGCAUCCCGGCGGGCAACACUCCCAAGCACGGCGGAGCGGGCCACCGCCGACGCGCCCUCAUCUCGGACUACGCGCCGUCCACGUCGCCCAUGGUGCCCGCUCUCGUGGUCCACUGUAUCCAGGAGGUGGAGCGCAGAGGCCUCGACUGUGUGGGCAUCUACCGGGUGUCUGGUUCGGAGCGCGAAGUGCGUGAGAUCAGGGAGCGCUUCCAGCAAGGCAAGGGUGCCCCGAACUUGUCUAAGGCGGACAUCUAUGCAGUGUGUGGCGUCCUCAAGGACUUCUUGCUCUCGCUCCACGAAAGCCUCGUCACCAAAUCGCUGUGGCACGUAUUCGUCGCCGCAACAGAGCUGGAGCACGAUGACCGGGUGUGGUCCAUGUGGCAGGCGGUGAUGCAGCUUCCUCCGCCCAAUCGGGACACCCUGGCCGCUCUGGUGGUGCACUUGCAGACGGUGGCCGCUCACCCCGAGACGAAGAUGCCCCUGAGUAACCUAGCGCGCAUCUUUGCACCUACCGUGGUCGGGUGCUCGGUCAAUGACACGGCCUCAGUGCCCAACCUCCUUCUCGAGAUGGAGCAGCAAAACAAGGUGAUGGAAGUGUUGCUAUCCCUGCCAGCUGACUACUGGAACCAGCUGUUGGACGUCUAGCUCAACGCAAAGAAGGAAAGCCCUUGGUACCAUGAAACCGGUGUUUGACGGCCUGACCUGGUGUGCAAGGGGCCCUGCCUUGAUCUCUCGUCCCCCAAGACAAUGCGGUUGACAAGGACACCCUGGAUUCCUUUUUUUUAUUCAUGAACUUUUAUUUUGAUUUAUACACUUUUAUUUUUUGUUGUAGACUUUUAGUUUUUAUUUACACAGUCCUUGUAUAAUGCAUUAUUUUAAUGAACUUGUGUUUUUAAACCCUUUUUCUGCACAUUGAAAGUAUUGCAGUGCAGCUUUUUUUU